AUGUACAUUCUUGAUCGAGAAACCGCGGAGUCGCUAGACGAUACCUUCAGACUUCCGAAGUCGAUCAUUCAUUGUGUUCAAGCAAUAGAUUUCAGCGUUUCAAAGUGCAAUGUGAAAGCUUAUCGACCCUGCUGUGACCCUGACUAUAAAUGUACUAGAUUAGGAAGGAGGCGCGGCAAGCCGUACAUUCAGAUGCUUGAAAUCAUCAGGUAUUAA